ACCACCUGUGGGAUUAUGUUGGAAAAGAGGAGGAUUUCUCUGACCAGCAGCUCUGUGGACAGGAGAGGAAAUCCAGUUUUGAACUAGAGGAACCAGAACCUCUACAGAUGAAAGAAGAACAGCAGGAGACAGAACAUCCCUGGACUAAAGAGGAAACAUUGGAGCUCCCCAUAAGUGAGCAAGAAGAGCAGCUUGUUCUGAAGAAGGAGCCUGAAGAUAAAGGAGAGAAAUAUUUCCCAUGUCCCAAAAAAGAACAAUUAAUGGUUCACAUGAGGGCUCACACAGGUCAGAAGAUUUAUAAAUGUCUGUGUUGUGGAAAAAGCUUCACUAAGAAAUCUCAUCUUGAUUCACACAUCAGAAUUCACACAGGGGAGAAACCUUUUAAAUGUAUGUCCUGUGGAAAAAGCUUCACUAAGAAAUCUGAUCUUAAAAGACACAUCAAAAUUCACACAGGUGAGAAGCCUUUUGAAUGUCUAUCUUGUGGAAAAAGAUUCACUCAGACAUCUGAUCUUAAUAAACACACCAGAAUUCACACAGGGGAGAAGCCAUUUUCCUGCACGAUUUGUGGCAAAGGUUUUACUAAAAAAAUUCAUUUGACUACUCACAUCAGAAUUCACACAGGUGAGAAGCCUUUUGAAUGUCUGUCUUGUGGAAAAAGAUUCACUCAGACAUCUGAUCUUAAUAAACACACCGGAAUUCACACCGGGGAGAAGCCAUUUUCCUGCACGAUUUGUGGCAAAGGUGUUACUAAAAGAAGUCAUUUGACUAGACACAUGAGAAUUCACACGGGUGAGAAGCCUUUUGAAUGUCUGUCUUGUGGAAAAAGAUUCACUAAGACAUCUGAUCUUAAUAAACACACCAGAAUUCACACAGGGGAGAAGUCAUUUGACUACUCACAUCAGAAUUCACACAGGUGAGAAACCUUUUUCCUGUACAAUUUGUAACAAGAAUUUUACUGUAAAAAGUAAUUUAACUACUCACAUGAGAAUUCACACAGGUGAGAAGCCUUGAAUGUCUGUCUUGUGGAAAAAGAUUCAACUCUAAGUCUAAACUCAAAUAUCACCGCCAAAUUCAUUGAUAAGAAUCCAAAAGUCAAUUGAGUAGACACAUGGGCAUUCACACAGGUGAAAAGCCAUACUCCUGAAUGAUUUGUGACAAAUGUUUUAAACGAGAAGGUAAUUUGAAUUUUCAGAUGAUAUUUAUUUAUGGAUCAUGUGGAAUGAUUUAUAUUUUUGAAUAAACAUUUGUUUCACUUAAGUCACAGGAAUGGAGAGACAGCAAGCUCAAUUCGUGACAGUGGCAAAGUUGUGACAGUUCCGGUGGCUCAUUGUGACAGUUCCGUUGGCUCGUUGUGACAGUUCCAGUGUAUUGUUGGCCUGACACGGCUUUAGUACUGGCUAGCACAGCGUGUUACUGGCAGCAGCCACUAGACUGAGAGUCUGCUACAUCAGCUCCACGUUUACUGACACUUUUUUGGUUGCUACAGAAGCCGUUUUUAAGCAAAGUACCUCUAAGUAGAUUGUUGCUUUAAUAUUGUGAUGAUACUGCUUAAAAAUCUGUAUUUAAGUCACAUUUACUUAAUGUAACGAAGUAGUUUAUCUGCAAAUAAAUGGCAUCUGCUGGCACCGGCCACUACGCACCCACUCCGGUGGCAGUCUCCGCCAGCACCGGCCACCAUCGGCCACUACGCAGCCACUCCGGUGGCAGUCUCUGCCGGCACCGGCCACCAUCGGCCACCGGAGUGGCUGCGUAGUGGCCGAUGGUGGCCGGUGCUGGCAGAGACUGCCACCGGAGUGGGUGCGUAGUGGCCGGUGCCAGCAGAUGCCAUUUAUUUGCAGAUAAACUACCUCGUUCCAUUAAGUAAAUGUGACUUAAAUACAGAUUUUUAAGCAGUAUCAUCACAAUAUUA